CAAAGGUAGCUUCAACUCUACCGCUCAGACGCGCUUUGGCUGAGUACAACAAAUUUCUCAAACUACAUUCUGACAGAAGUAUCUGUAGUUUUGUGGUUAAAAUACUUUAGGUUCUAGAAAUAGGUUGUGCCUUACUAAGUAAGGAAAGAGAUUGUGAUAGAUUUUGCCUUUCACAAUUUCCAAAAUUAGUUGUUUUAAAAAAUAAAUUGAAUGACUGUUGGAGGUCGCUUCCAUAGACAUCAGAUGCCACAAGACAGGAAAGACUCGUCAGCAGCUGACACAACUAAACACACCCUUGCAGAGUUACUGCCAGGGCCUGACCCCACCCCACCCCCUACAACUCCUAACAACAGCAAGACUUCUAACAAUGGCAAUAACAGCAACAACUCAAACAAUGGAGGGGGCAGCAGCCGCAAUUUCUUAGGUCAGAAUGUUUUUGAUGAAAUACCUGGUCGACCGUCUCCAGGUAUGCACAUGCACAAGAUGGGUCCACAAGUGCCAGCAAUGCAGCCUAGCCAUUCCCAUGGGCCUGGGAAAGUCUAUCCCCCUAACCAGCCUAUGGUCUUCAAUCCAUCUAACCCCAAUGCCCCGCCUAUAUAUCCUUGUGGAGUAUGCCACAAAGAAGUGCAUGAAAAUGAGCAGGCAAUCUUGUGUGAGAGCGGCUGUAACUUCUGGUUUCAUCGUCUUUGCACAGGCUUGACAGAGGAUGCUUUCACUAUGCUCAAAUCAGAAGUCUAUGCAGAAUGGGUGUGUGAUAGGUGUCUUCACACUAAGAAUAUCCCACUACUCAAGGUUAAACCUUGAGAAAUGCAUUUGUAUAGAAAUAUCUUCCAUGAGUCCUGGAUAUUAUUCAAAUUACUUUAGCUGCCAUAAUUUUCAUGAACUUUAAGGGCUCAGCAGUUACAUUAAAAUACCUGGUAGCACUGAAGUGACUGUUUUUGAAGCACUUGAAAUGAGAAAUGAACCAUUGUCAGAAGGGCAUUGAUGGAUGAUAAUGGGGGUUGUGAAAAUGAUGUUUCAUGUUGUUUAUUACAGUGUGAGUGGUGCCUUUUGAUUGAGCCAACAGUAAAAUGAAAGCCAGACAUCCUUUUAUGUGAAAGGCUAAAAUGUGUGCGUGUGCGCACAUUAGCGAACACUUGCAGUUUUUUAGUUGGUAUUUUUUUUCAUGACUGAUCAUUGCAAGUAAAGUGUAUGAUUGCAUAGGGGCUGAUUUUUAAUGCUAGCAUUAAUAUGUUAGUAAUAGAGGCAGAUUUUCAAAGCAUGCUUAUUAACAUAUAAUAUUGUACUCAAUACUCAUUGUGUUUUUGUGAUUCAUGUAGAAUUUCUAAUUGAUUAAUAUUGCAGAAGUAGCUACAAAUCCUACCCUUUGCAAACAGCUUUUUCUUCCCGCCACAUUCUUCAUUUCUGGACAUCUAGCUGCAUGGGAAGGAACUUUAUUUUCCCCCAUUGACUUAGGAGACAGAUGCUGUAUCAUAGCAGUUAAUGCUGUAAUUUAGAAGUUUUAUUGGUGAAUUCUUUGUGGUGCAAUAUGUAGGCCUAUUGUAUACUUUGUUAAAAGUGAGGGUUUUAUUGUCAUUUAAACAAUUGUGUUGACUAUAUUUGUUGCAAAGUUUAUGUAUCUUUCUUUAUGGGAAGUUAAAACAUUUACAAGUGGGGUUGGGGUGAAGGUUAAGAGUGUGGUUCAUGAGUGAAAUAAUGGAGGAAUGGGGUGAGCAUGUACACAAACACAUACAUGCUACCAGAUGGUGCAGUAGCUGGUGAUAAGGAAUAGAUCUGGCUAGUUCAUCUAGGACAAUCUCCAUACAUCAGUACACAUUGGUGGAGGGAUGGGACCUCCACAAGAACAGGUUAAAUGUAAUAAAAAAUGUUGAAGGUUACUUUUUAUUCAUGAAUUUUUUUGUUAAAACUUUUUUUCCCUUUAAUAAAAGUUAAAGAGAGA